CUCCUAAUAUCAGCGAUGGCAUCACCUGAGACGUACAAGAUACCCCCAUCUGGCAUAUUUCUGUCUCUGUUCACCGAUGAACCCCCAGACACCCCAAUGAUGGGAGGACCUGCACAGGAUCUCAGCGCUAUUCUACAGGGAGGUGAACGGUUGAAAUCCAGGAAAUUCCAGUGCGCCAGUCUGGACAACAAGAAUACUUCAUGGCAUGACGCAUUGUGUCUGUGGGCGGCCAGUGAUCAAUACACAUCAAUUUAUGAAGAGUAUAGGGAAUCGAAGACACAAAUUCUGUCUCUCCUCCCUUCUGCAGCACACCUAGUAGAGCACUCGUGGAACCUUCUUUUCUGGAGGCAGGAGAACAGCAGCCACAUUACCUGUGAGAUACAGUAUGUGACGGAGGACACAAAUAUGAAUGAGGAGCUCAGGCUUAACCUGUCCUAUACACGGAGGAAUGAAGAUGGAGAGAGAAAAGCUGCUGAUUGCAGAUGCCUGGGAUAUAAAUCAUGUCAUUGUGUCAUAGAGACUGCAGGAGACCAUGAUCCCUAUAUCCUGUGGAUGGAGAUUGUCAGUUCUGCCAAAGCUGUCCUCUCCCCUCCGAUGUCCCUGGAAGCUUCUGCUAUUAUAAAACCAGACCCACCGAAUGACCUGAAUGCCCAGAUCACAGAACAGGGAAAAUUAAAAGUGCUCUGGUCUCCUCCCAAAUCUUCAGCUCGCAGGCUGCAGUACCAAGUGAAACAAUAUUUCAACACAACUGAUAACGACUUACAGACCAAGCUUGUCACAGAGGAAACCUUCGUCGUCCUUGAUGUGAGCGAGUCAUGCUCACCACUGGUGUUUGAAAUACGUUGCCGUAGAAUUUUUGGAGUCUGGAGUGACUGGAGUCAUCCCAUGGUCUUUAAGUCGCAAGGUGGCUUCUACUUCCCACAAAAGGUUCUUGUCGGAAGCAGCUCCAGCUUUUCAGUUUUUUGUACGUUCUGCCACAAUGACAAGAAAGUUGAGUCGAGGGUUAUCACCUGGGGCCUGGACCUGGCAGAGGAGAUCCCCUCACACCAAUAUACGGCUGUCAGUGAUUAUGUCGGAAAAGUCACAUUAAAAAACCCUACCCCAACAAAACCGAAAGGGAAGUUCCAGUAUGGUGCCUUGUACUGCUGCGUAAAUGGUAUUGGGUGCCAGCCUCGCUAUUCUGAGAUCUAUGUCGUAGAUGUUAAUAUAAGCAUAACUUGCGAAACUGAUGGAAAGUUCACAGCUAUGACUUGUAGGUGGAGCUCCAAGCACAUUGAAUCUCUAAAGGACAGCGUCUGGACAUUCCGAUCCUAUCAGGACAUGAGUUACUGCAUCCAGACGGGCAUAAGAUAUGGUGACUCCUCUGAGGAAAGCUGCACGUUGCAGGAGGACGGAUUCUACAAAUGUGUUUUUAAGACAAUUAAACCUACUUUCAGUUACACCAUGUGGGUGGAAAUACAACACCCUCUGGGGCGGCUACGGUCUAUACCUGUCUGCGUCAUUCCCAGAGAUGUGGUGAAGCCAUAUGCCCCAUCCAACAUCAAGGCUGAGAUGACAGUGGGCACGGGAUAUUUACUGGUGACGUGGGCACGGCCGAGGUUCGCUGUGUUUGACUUUAUGCGCUACCAGCUUCAAUACCGUUUGCAGAAGACAGAAGGUGGAUGGAAGGUUCUAGAUAUAUAUGUCAAUGAAUCGAUCACCAUAGAAGAAGUGGACGCCUGUGAAUCAUACAUCAUUCAAGUCCGCUGCAGAGGUUUGAAUGUACCGGGGUACUGGAUAUCACCUGUAAAGGGGCCAGAAUUUUGGAGAAUAAUGCAAAAUAAUAAUCUACAGAAAGGAGACAAUAUUACAUUAAUAUGGAAAGAUUGUCACAUCCUGUGCACGGCCAUCAGCGCGUCCUUGCCCGUACGUUACAUUGCGAGCAUAUGCGCACUAGCGCACGUUUCCCAAGGAUUCAGAAGACGGGACCUCUCGGAUGUGAAGCUGGCCCCAGUGAAGGAACCCUUCCUGUGCGGUCCUGUGGAAUAUGAAGUGUUAUCAGAAAUAUCCCACGAAGUUAUCUCAUCAAGAUAUGUUGGGAACUCCACAAACUACACAUUUACUCUUCAGAAUAAUGAUGUUACUGUCACCGUCCGAGCACACAAUGCUCUUGGUCAUUCAAGUAUGAACCGAAAUGUAUUGCUGUCGCAGAGAAUGAGCACAGUGCAGGCAGUGGAAUCGCUGGAGGUGCACCCAUUGAACAAAAGUGUGGUGGCGGUGUGGAGUUUGCUCCCGACGGAGCACAAUGUCCUCGAGCUCGUCUUGGAAUGGAAGAACCUACGCGAUGCGUCUCGUGUGCGCUGGGUAUUUAUCACUUUUCACCAUUUUUUCACCAUUGAGAAAUACCAAUUCAGCCUGACUCCAGUGUUUCUGGAAGGUGCCGGAAGACCAAAAAUCACCUAUGAACUUUCUAAAGAGGAACCUGAUGAGAUGCGUAAUAAUGCCGGCAUAUAUGUAAUAUUACCUGUAAUAACGGCAACGUCCUUUCUGCUGGUGAUAACUCUGGCAAUAUCGCAUCAAAGGAUGAAGAGGCUGUUCUGGAAGGAUGUACCGAACCCCAAAUACUGCUCCUGGGCUCAAGGUGUCAACUUCCAAAAGCCAGAUACACUAGAAAACCUUUUUACCAAGCAUCGCGACCACCUGGCGCACAGUUUCCCCUUAAUCCUGGAACCAGAAGCCAUUUUCGAAAACCUCAAUAUUGUGAAAGCCUGGGAGAAGGAAACCGAUGACGUCUCCAUAGUUGGGAAGCUGAUGGACGACCGCGACUCCGCGUGUGCCACUAGCCACUUCAGCAGCAGCUGCAGCUACGCGGACAACCGCGAGACCGCCAUGUACGGCGGGAGCCCCUGCCAAUCCAGCGUCAAAUACGCCACAAUCUUAAGCAACCCCCAGCAAAGCAAGCCGGGUAUCAACGGGAGGAAACUGAGCGUCAGCUCCUGCGACGGAGGUUUUUUGCGGGCCAAUUCAGCCGCCAUCAGGAACCUGGACGGCGACAACCCAACAUUUUUGCUCAUGGCGGGGCUACAGGCGAAACAGCCGGGCAAAAUGUCUUCUAAUUCCACGGUGUCUUCCGAGGGGUUUUCAGAGCCGUCUGAGCAAAGCUUCGAAGGCGACAGCCCGGAGAAGAACCUCUACUACGUGGGGCUGGGGUCCAUUCAAAACGACGACGAGGUCAGCGAUUACUUCUCCGAAAAUCCCUUAAUGACCUAUCACAUCCAGGAAGACGUCUCCUACGGGACCAUCAACUUCAGCCACGACGAGUCAUCGGAAUUUAUCAACAUGGACUACAGCCAGCGAGAUCUCGUCAAGAAGUCCUUACGGUCGUACAUGCCUCAGUUUCAGAUACAGUCCGCAAAUCCCACGGGAAUGAUGGACAUAUGCACAUGACGCAAUUGAGGUCACCGCG